AUUUUAUCUGUUUGUUCAUGACUUACUUCAUUUAUAAUUAAGGCCCAUAAACUGCAGUCGUGUAGCUCCGAUGAAUCGGUUAGUUUGUCGCCUGUUGGCUUUUAGGGUGAACACUGUUCCGAUGUCCGCCCGAAGUGUGUCUUACCUCAUUGAGGACCCAAAAUACUCCUUCUUGAAGGAGUUGGGCCUCGAAAAGAAGAAUCCCGGCGUGUUCCAUGGGAAAUGGACGGCUUCUGGAGAAACGAUCCAGUCCUUCAGCCCUGCCAGCGGCAAGGUCAUCGCUGAAGUUCAAGCCGGUACCCCCGCCGACUACGAACAAUGCGCGGCGGCGGCGCAGGCGGCGUGGCACUCCUGGGCCGAGCUCCCCGCGCCGGCGAGAGGCGAGGUCGUGAGGCAGAUCGGUGACGCGCUGAGAGAGAAGCUGCAGCCGCUGGGGCAGCUCGUGUCGUUGGAGAUGGGUAAGAUCCUGCCGGAAGCGAUAGGCGAAGUCGUAGAAUACAUCCACGUGUGUGACCUCGCGCUGGGCCUGUCCCGGACGCUCCCGGGCAGCAUCAUCCCCUCGGAGCGCCCCGGGCACGUUCUGCUCGAGAAGUGGAACCCUCUGGGGGUGAUCGGGAUCAUCACCGCGUUCAACUUCCCCGUCGCUGUGUUCGGCUGGAAUAGCGCUAUUGCUAUGAUCUGCGGCGACGCGAGCGUAUGGAAACCAUCAGAGACCACGUCGCUGGUCGCGGUGGCCGUCACCAAGAUCGUGGAGUCGGUGCUGCAGAAGAACAACAUCCCGACCGCCAUCGCCUCGCUGUGUGUGGGAGGGAAGACCAUCGGCGAACAGCUGGUUAAGGACGAGCGCAUGAAGCUCGUGUCGUUUACUGGCAGCACCGCUGUUGGACAGCAGGUCGGAGUAGAAGUGCAGCGUCGCUUCGGGCGCCACCUGUUGGAGCUCGGCGGCAACAACGCCAUCAUCGUCAACGAGGACGCCAACCUCGACCUCCUUCUAUCCGCCGCGUUGUUCGCCUGCGCCGGCACCGCGGGGCAGAGGUGCACUACUACCAGGAGACUACUCAUUCAUAAGAAGGUGUACAGCCAAGUAGUGUCUCGCCUCACGAAGGCGUUCGCCGGCGUGGUGAGCAAGAUCGGCGACCCACUGCUGCCAGAGACGCUGAUUGGUCCGCUGCACACGCCGGCCGCUGUGGAGAACUACAAGAGAACCGUCGCCGAGGUGGUCAAGGCUGGCGGGAAAAUCGAGUUUGGAGGGAAAGUGAUCGAGCGCGAGGGCUACUUCGUGGAGCCGACCAUUGUGACGGGCCUGCCCCACGACUCCCCGCUGGUCAAGAGCGAGUGUUUCGCCCCUAUUGUCUACUGCAUAGAGGUGCCGGACCUCGACACCGGGAUCCAGUACAACAACGAGGUGGAGCAAGGACUGUCUUCUAGUCUGUUCACUGAGAACCUUGGAGAUGUCUUCAAGUGGAUCGGCCCGCACGGCUCCGACUGCGGCAUCGUGAACGUCAACAUCCCCACCAACGGGGCCGAAGUGGGCGGGGCCUUCGGGGGGGAGAAGGCGACGGGGGGCGGCCGCGAGUGCGGCUCCGACUCGUGGAAGAACUACAUGAGACGCUCCACCGUCACCAUCAACUACUCUGGAGCCAUCAAACUGGCGCAGAACAUCAAGUUUGGCGAUGAAUAAAGAUGGCGGCUCUCGCCAUUUUGUUUUUUUGACGUUCCGCCAUGUUUUUUGUACAGUCUCGUUUUGUGAACAAAACAUGAAUUUAUUAAUUAAUCAACUAUGUGUAAUUUUUCCAUGUGAAAUGGUAGUUGUUUUUAAUUAAUGACUCUCAGCUGACUGUACUUUGUUGCCAAGAAAACUAAAGUAAUUUUAACGCUAAUUUAUAGAUUAUUUUAUCGGAUGAUUGUGUUAAUAUGAUUGAUAAGGAAGACUGAUUGUUUUUUGUAAUAUCAUAUUUUUUUAUUUUAUUAUAAAAAUGUAUACGUUU